AUGACAUCCUCCCUUGCACACUAUGAAACAUUCUUGAUCAACAACGUCUCGACAAUCUCGACGUUGGAGUCGUCGUUGCGCUCCCUGACCUGGUUUCUCCCAGGUCGCUUCAAGGAUGCGGAAUUAGCUUCAGAAGCCCUUUCUGUUCUGCUCAACUCGACGAGCAUGUACCACGACACCCUCCUUUCGAAGCUCGUGUACAGCGAUCCCAAAUACCGCCCUCUGAUCCCGACUUCUCUGCAUACUCGCUUUACGCGUGCUUGGUCCGACAAAAGCUCGCUGUACAAGUGGGCGGCCAGGUCUCUCGAGUUGAUUCGCUUCGCCGAGCUGUUCAUUGAGAUGGCGCUGAAGCGGAAAGUGUCCCAGAGAAACAAGUGGAGGGGCGUCGUUUUGCUGGAGAUCAUCAAAGCAGCUUUGCGCUUCAUACUCAUGCGGGUCUCAGGUAAACCCUUGGUAUCGCCUCCCAUCCCCGAGAGGGAUAUCGAUCCAACUUCGUUGCCCUCGCCUUCAUCGAAUGCCUCGUCUCCCACUCUUGCACCCUCGUCUCUUGGACCAUCUCCACUCACCACUCCCGAGCAUCUCAAAAAUAACUACAUCCCUUUACCACCCCACCCGUUGUUGACCGCGCCUCCUCCACCUACGCGCUUAGACACGUCCGUCGAAGACUAUUUAUUGCCCAAGGCACUCACAUCAUCUUGUGUCAGGCCGUCUCUUUCUCUCAUCCGAUCCUUAUCUUCCCCGAAGGACUGGUUGAGUGAAUCUAUCUAUGUCCUUUGUCCCCUUAUAUAUGCAACUCUAUUGAGUUUCGACCGACGCUCGAACAGACCCUUGGUCGUAGCCCUUGCACUGGAGUUAAUCGCACGAAACUUGCGCCGUGUUCCACCUCCUUCGGCGGCCCUUGAACGCUCGGAAUAUGCACGAAGGGACAGAGACAUGCUGUGGUACCUCUUCCGCGGCUCCAUUUGGGAUUCAUACACCCGACCCAAGUUGGAAGCUCUGGCUGACAGGACUGCACAUACCCCCAUCUUGGGAUUGCUGAGUGCCUUUGUGAAGGAUUGGAUACCAUUGAUUAACGAGUAUCAUUAUUAUACGGCACCCUAG